AUGCCCCGUACUUACCGGGGUGGGAAGAAAAAAGGCCCCAGCUCAGCGGCACCCGCAAGAGGGACUCGCGGCUCCUUCUGCUCUGGCGCACGAGUGCCCGCUUUCCCCCUCGUGCUCCAGCACCACGCUAUGAGCAGAGGUGUCUGUCAAGGCAGAGGUUCAGAUCAGACGCUCCGCAAACCCAGCGGCCUCUCUCACCCAGCUUUCUCCAACGGUCCUCUUUUCCCGCAGGCAGGAGGCCCCUACGAUUUCCGUCAGCAACAGGCCCUCUUCCUAAAGGGGCAGCUGCAUGACGCGCCGCUGUGGCAGUGCCAGGCGCAGAGACCCCAGGCGUAUCAAGGCUACCGCCCAGAUUCAAAACCUUCCAGCCCACCCGCUCCCCCGAGCGUCUCCUUCAACUGCUGGGGGGCAGCCAGAAGGCCUCCGUGUAACAGCUGGCAAGAGCCAAGUCGGCAUUUCCAACCUCCGCCCAGGCAGGGCGGCCGGAACUUCAACGGAAAGCUUGAUGAAUUUGUGUCUGAGUUCCAGGAGCUAAGACUCGCCGUCCCGGAGGUCGAACGACGGCUGCUAGAACUCCUACGGCAGCUGGAGCCCGGGAGCACCGAAACAGCUCGCCAACUCGCCCGCAAGCUCCAGAUCCAAAAAAAGGAGGUCAACCAGCAUCUCUACAGGCUCCUCCAACAGGGGAAGCUGUGGAAAAUAGGGGAGACCCCUCCUCAGUGGAGAUUGGCAGAUAGCCCUAACCCUUGGGGCACAGCCAGAGAAGGCCCCUGCGCCAGCCAGAAGAGCUGGUGCAGAGCUCUGCCAGCCGGGUCUCCCGAGCAGAGUUCUGCCACCGAUUCAGAAGACGAUUCCGAUUUGCCCGUCAUGGCCGAGGUCAAGGAGAAGAUUUUCGACUACCUGUUCAGCGUCCCGGGGUCCACGGCGCUCAACCUUGCCAAAAGCAUCGGCUUCAACAAAGCCAGGGACGUGAACUCGACCCUCAACGCCCUGGAGAAGGCCGGAGAUGUGUGCAAGGAGAACAGUAAUCCCCCGAGGUGGUCCCUCACCGACAAGAAGCGGAAGCGCAUGCAGCUCAAGGUGAAGGCCGAGGAAGUCCAGGAAAUGGCCUCCGUCGUCCCGGAUCCGGCCCCGGAGGCUCCGGCCCCCGUCAUAGAGAAGGAGCUGCCUGCAACUGUGCCAACUCCUCCUCCUCCUUCCUCUCCUCCUCCUCCACCUCCUCCGCCGCUGCAGGAGGGCGAGGCAGAGAAAGUUGAGAACGGGCAGCAGCCGUCCGAGCCGGUGGCGGGAGACGUCGCCGCUCCCCGCUUCGGCCCCCCUCGCAGCAAGAGAGCCAGGUACCAGUGGUUCCAGGGCUACGACAACUUCGAGAACGGCAAGUGGGCCACGGACGACAUCCCCGAGGACCUGAAUGCCAUCGGCAACCAAGACGAGUCGCGGUGCAUCAUGGAGUCCCCCCUGUCCCCCGGCUACACGGCUCAGUUCGACGCGGCUUUCCUCAGCACCCCUCUGGAGAAGCUCAUGGCCUGCCAGAAGAAGAACCCCGUGAGCGGCUUGAUCGAAUACACCCAGUUCAUGUACCAGCACUGCGAAUUCGUCUUGCUGAACCAGAGCGGGCCCUCGCACGAACCAAGGUUCAAGCUCCAGGCCGUGAUUGACGGCCGCAAGUUCCCGCCCGCGGAAGCGGGCAGCAAAAAACUGGCCAAGCAGGAAGCCGCCGCAAACGCCAUGAAGAUCCUCCUGCACGAAGCCGAGCACGAGGAAGACGACAUGGAGCCACAGCAGCACGAGUCCUUCUACGAGGACAGCUCCGCCAAUGAGGUGGCGGAGGAGCCCGAGCAACCCGAGCCGGAGGCAUCCAGCACACCGCAAGGAAAUGCGGUCUCUGGAAAGAACCCUGUCAGCGCACUGAUGGAAUACGCCCAGAAGUUGGGGAACGUCUGCGAAUUCCAGCUUCUCUCUCAGGAGGGUCCCCCUCACGACCCAAAGUUCAAGUACUGCGUGAAGGUGGGCAGCAGUGUUUUCCCCGCCGUGGUAUCCAACAGCAAGAAGGGGGCGAAGCAGAUGGCGGCCGAGAUUGCAAUGAAGAGCCUCUCAGGGGACACCAGUGGUUUGAUGGAGGUAGCAGAGGCCCAGGGCGAACCACCGUCGGAAGUCUCUGGCGGCCAGACUCUGAAUUUAGAUGAGACGAAGGCUGCGAGUGCAAAGGGCGUCGGCGAGCUGAUUAAGUACCUGAAUUCCAAUCCUGUAAGCGGCUUGCUGGAAUACGCCCGGGCCAACGGUUUUGCAGCCGAGUUCAAGCUGAUCGAGCAGACGGGGCCGCCGCAUGAUCCUAAGUUCAUCUUCCAAGCCAAAGUGGGAGGCCGCUGGUUCCCGGCUGUCAAGGCGCACAGCAAGAAGCAGGGAAAGCAGGAGGCGGCCGACGCGGCGCUCCGGGUUCUGAUCGGGGAGACAGAGAAUGCUGAACACCUCGAAGGGAUGGCCAUCACAGAGCUUCCCGUGAGCGGCAGCACCCUGCACGACCAGAUCGCCAUGCUGAGCCACCAGCGGUUCAACACGCUCACGGCUCGCAUCCAGCACAGCCUGCUAGGGCGCAAGAUCCUGGCCGCCAUCAUCAUGCGGAGAGGGCAGGAGGGCCUGGGCGUUGUGGUCAGCAUUGGGACAGGCAAUCGGUGCGUGAAAGGGGAGGAACUGAGCCUGAAAGGGGAGACGGUGAAUGACUGUCACGCAGAGAUCAUUUCCAGAAGGGGCUUCAUAAGAUUUCUGUACAGCGAGCUCAUGAAGUACGACCCCUCCGCCCCCGAAGACAGCAUUUUUGAGCCAGCGGGCGACAGCAAGCUGAAGAUCAAGGACGACAUCACCUUCCACCUCUACAUCAGCACGGCGCCUUGCGGGGACGGGGCUCUCUUUGACAAAUCCUGCUCCGACCCGGCAAACUCUGUGGGGGAGGGCCCCCAUCAGCCGCUCUUCGAAAACCCCAAACAGGGGAAGUUGCGCACCAAGGUGGAAAACGGCGAAGGCACCAUUCCCGUGGAGUCGAGCGACAUCGUGCCAACGUGGGACGGGAUCCAGCACGGCGAGCGCCUCCGCACCAUGUCCUGCAGCGACAAGAUCCUUCGCUGGAAUGUGCUGGGCCUGCAGGGGGCGCUGCUGUCCCAUUUCCUGCAGCCGGUCUAUCUCCGCUCUGUGACGCUGGGCUACCUGUACAGCCAAGGUCACCUGACGAGGGCCAUCUGCUGCCGCAUGUCGAGAGAUGGCACUGCAUUCCAGGCGGGGCUCCAAGAGCCGUAUUGUGUCAACCACCCUGAGGUUGGCCGUGUCAGUGUCUACGACUCAGCAAGGCAGACGGGCAAAACAAAGGAGUCCAGCGUCAACUGGUCCCUCCCCGACGACACCGACGUAGAAGUCCUGGACGGCACAAAAGGCAAAGUAGACGGACCAAAACUGGACGUCUCCCGGGUCUCCAAGCGGAACCUGUUCCUGCUGUUCCAAGAGCUGUGUGCCAAGACGGAGCGCAAGAGCCUGCAGCAGCUGACGGUCUAUUCGGAGGCCAAGGAGGCGGCCGCCGCAUACCAGAGUGCCAAGCAGAGCUUCUUCUGGGCGUUGCAGGAGAUGGGCUACGGGAGCUGGAUCUGCAAGCCCCAAGAGGAGAAGACCUUCAGCGCGGCCGACGUCUAGCGGGGGCCGCACAAGGGAGGGGGUGGGGGAAGGGCAGUCUUUUUUUUUUUCCUGGCCGGAGAAGGGAAAGGGACAUUUUUUUUUUAAAUUGUAUUUUGCGUUUUUGUUUUUUUUUUAACGGAAGCAGGAAAUACUAAUUAGGAGUCUGAAUUUUUCCGAGGCCUUCCUUCCGGUUAAAUUUACAGCACGUUUUAAACUCUGUCGGGAGGCAGAGGGGAGGGGGUUCUGCCCUUGUGCCCCUUAAUCCCCCCCUUUGGCAAACAUUGAGAAGGCAUCCAGAGAGAGAGAGAGAGAUCCACCAGCGUCCACACAUGUUGUCUGUGUCCUUCCCACCCCCACCCCCUCCAAAAUCAGGAGGCUGCCUCUUAUUCCGCCUCGCCAACUCUCGGCCUUCCCGGAUGUGUGGGGGGGGGGGGGGAGAAUCGUGAUUUGAAACUUCCUUUCAAGCUGUGAAUCGGUCCCCCGCCAUUCAAGGCACGCCUCUGGGUCUUUCCUUUUCUGCCUCCCAUUUUCCCAGUUCUUACAGCGCCUUCCCUGGAGGAUAUAAAGAUUCCCCUUCUUGGUCAGUUGAGUAGGACCCUGGCACCGAGCGCCUGUAGGGUCUUCAGCCUUUCCCAUCCACACGGUUUGGGGGGGCCCAGGGCAGCGUCCCGUUGUGCGGUUGCCCUGAUGUCUCCCCUAGCCUCUCUGCAGAAUCCCGUCUGCCACUAAAGUCCAGCUGUUUCUCCAGGUGUGCACCGACAGCUGCUUUGCUUAUUUUUAGCUAACGAAGCAGGGCAGCUUCCUCAUUCCUUCAUUGCUUAAUAGAAGACCGUGAUGUCGAACUUGUCAAUCCGGCACGAACCCUGCGCGCUCCUUCCUUCCUUCCUUCCUUCCCCCACUGCCCUUCUCAGCUGAACCCUCUGUAUUUUUAGGCUCCGUUCUGAGGAGCCAGCCAGUCUUCCUGCCGCGUUGAAGAGCCACGUAGCCAAAAGAAGGGGAGGAUUUAGGAGACGCUCGAGGUGGGCAAAAAACCACCUUUGCAGCUAGCCUUCAGAAUAAAACCGGUCGCUGGAAAGCUGGCAGAAUCUCUCCCUCUAAGGAACGAGCGAUCCGGAACGAGCAAAUGGCAUUGUGCCUUGCUCGUUUAGAGCAUUUGAGGAAAAGGAGCAGGGGCUAGGGUCAUAGAGCCCAAAGGCCUCCAGCAAGACAGCUUUGGGGUCCAGUGAAACCGCUCAGGCCUGAUUCGCACAAACCAAAGCCGAGCCGGUCUUCUGCGACCGUACCACUCCAGAUUGUGGGGAAAAGGGGGUGGCCUUCGUGCCUGACUACUCCCCCAUCGUGUAGGGGAGAAAGGUGGGGUUUCCGUUGCACCCACAAAACACGCUGGUGAUGAAAAGGCUAAAUUAGAGUUGAUCUCACUGACACGGCAGAAGGGUUUUUAAAAAUUACGUUCAGGAAAUUUUGCUUUGGAUGCAGAAACAUAGCUCCCCCCCCCCCACCCCAUGGCUCCAAACUGCAGAAUCCAGAAUGGCAGGCCCUUCCCUCUGAAAACUGGAAGGAAAAAAAGAGACCAUGGAGAUGAAAUACAAAUCUCCUUUAAUAGGGGCUUUUUUUUGUAGCAGGAACGCCUUUGCAUGCUAGGCCACUCCCCCCCCCCCCGAUGUAGCCAAUCCUGGAGCUUACAGGGCUCUUAGCACAGGGCCUACUGUAAGCUCCAGGAUUGGCUACAUCAGGGGGGAGUGGCCUAAAGGGCGUCCUUGCUCCAAAAAAAGCCCUGCCUUUAAUGCUUCAAAGCUGCACUUCCCACCAGCCCCCCCACCCCCCCCAGUCCACCAGACGAGCGGAAAACCAGAAGCAGCUGCCGCCCACAGAAACCCUUCCUGCCCCAUGCGGUUCUCCAGGGCUGGACCCGCGAAGGGUUCCUAACUUCUGAUCAGCCAGGCCGCUUGGCAUUUGCCUUUGUCCCCGCCCCCCUCCCCAUCCUGUCGGCACAUCCAGGCUUUCGCCGCUGCAGCUCAGCUCGGCUGGCAAGGUUCUCUUAUGCAAAAUGUGUUUUCCCCCCCACCACGAGGCAGCCUCUCUCCUCCUUUUAACUUGCCUUUUGUUUCCCCCCCCUCCUCUCUCCCUUCCACCCACCCCCCCAGCUGUCUUUUCUCCUGUCCACUUUCCCCAGUCGCCGAGACUCUAGAUCAGAAAACAGAUGUAAACUCGUUCAUGGCAAGUCCGUGCCCUUUUUGCCGCAGCCACCACCAUUGUAAUUCAGGUUUUGUUUUUUUUUUUAUUUUCAAACGUCUGCUUUUAAGUGUCCCUCUAGAUCCUGUUGUCGGAUGAUUUGAUGUCAUCACAUUCCGCCUGAAAUUAAAAAAAACGAGAAAUUUUUCUGUA